AUGGAGCGGAAGCGGAAAAGUCUUCAUGGUAACCCCGACUAUGAACCACACGCGCAUCUCGAUAAACGAUACCACGUCGAACGGGAGCCAAGACCCAGACUCAGCCGUCACGAAUAUACUGUCGGCUGGAUCUGCGCCGUAGUUACGGAAUACGUUGCCGGACAGGCGCUGUUGGACGAAGAGCACGAGCGCCAUCACGAUCUCCCCUUGCAUGAUGCGAGCCACUAUACACUGGGCAGGAUUGGGCCGCAUAACGUUGUCAUGGCCGUGCUGCCAGAGUAUGGCACAUCAGCUGCGACAGCCGUCGCAAGGGAUAUGCUACAUAGUUUUCCCAACGUCCAAAUUGGUUUGAUGGUGGGCAUCGGUGGUGGCGCUCCAACCCAAAAAAACGAUAUUCGCCUCGGAGAUAUUGUGGUUGGCACUGCUCGUAAUGGGCAGAGCAGCGUGGUUCAGUACGACUUCGGAAAGGCCGUACAAGGUCAAAGCUUUCAGCAAACCGGUUUGUCGAACCGGCCGCCAUGGCGCUUGAGCACCGCAGUCAACGGACUCCAAGCCCGGCACUGGAGAGACGGGCACCAAAUCGAGGAGACUAUCAACGCCAUUCUUGAUAAUAAACCUAACUUGAGGUGCCACUACUCCCACCCAGGCUCGGACAGCGACAAGCUGUACCGAAACGAUGUCAUCCACCCUUCAAUGUCUGAAGGGCCCUGUGCCGAAGUUUGCGGGUAUGAUCCUUCGAAGCUCGUGGACAGACCUGCGCGGGCUGUGGACAAGCUUGUUGUUCAUUACGGAGCCAUUGCCUCAGCCAAUCAGGUGAUGAAGGACGCCCUGAUUCGCGACAAACUUGCCAUCGAAAACAAUUUCUUAUGCUUUGAAAUGGAGGCUGCAGGCCUUAGCAACACCCUUCCUUGCUUGGUUAUUCGCGGCAUAUGCGACUACUCGGACUCCCACAAGAACAAGGCAUGGCAAGGAUACGCAGCCAUCGCUGCUGCUGCAUAUGCGAGAGAUCUCUUGUGUGAACUUAGUCCGCUAUGUUCUCCCACGUCAGCUCCGACAUCAACUCAGUUGCGCAAGUUGGAGGUUGCGGCUGAUGGGGAACAACACCUGAUUGACGAGCGGAGAACGCAACUGCUGGAAUCAUUGACUUUCGACCAGAUUGAUGCUCGGCAAAUGACUAUCAAGAGAGCGCACGCUAGAACAUGCAAAUGGGUGCUGAGAAGUUCUCAGUAUCUCGACUGGCUGGAUCAUAACAAACGCAACACACAUCAUGGUUUCUUAUGGAUCAAAGGGAAACCAGGAACAGGGAAAUCGACGUUGAUUAAGUUCAUCUCCACAAAUCACCGGAGGAAAAUGCAGCAAAACACUUUAAUCACCUUCUUCUUCAACGCACGAGGCGAGCAACUGGAGAAGUCCACAACGGGAAUGUACAGAUCGCUGCUUUUCCAACUCAUUGACGGUUUUCCUCAGCUUCGGACGAUCUUGAACUUUCAGGCUCUGAAGAUAUCAAGCAAUGGACCUCGCGAGUGGAUCCUUGAGUCACUGCAAGACCUUUUCGAAGAGGCAGUCCUGAACCUUGAAAAUCUAUCCGUGACUUGUUUCAUAGACGCACUGGAUGAGUGCGACGAAAAGGAAAUUCGAGACAUGGUGUCUUUUUUUGAGCACCUUGCCGAAGCUACCACAAGGGAGAGCGUCUGCUUUCAGGUCUGCUUCUCGAGUAGACAUUAUCCUUACAUCACGAUUUCGAAGGCAGUCAGCCUCGUUCUUGAAGGACAGCAAGGGCACCAGGAUGACAUUGCCAACUAUGUGAGCAGCGAACUGAAGAUCGGGGACAGUAAAGUCGCCCAGCAGAUCCGCCAUGAUCUCCAAGAAAAGGCGUCCGGAGUUUUCAUGUGGGUUGUUCUUGUUGUGGAUAUUCUCAAUAAGGAACAUGACGGCGGUCGCAUGCAUCAACUUCGAAAACAACUUCAAGAUAUCCCCGGCGAUCUCAAUGAACUUUUUCGAGAUAUCUUAGUCCGCGAUGAUCGCCGCAGGCGCGACCUGCUUCUAUGCAUUCAAUGGGUGCUCUUCGCAAAGAUCCGCUGA